GAGAUGAAAUGAAAAUUUAUAAAUCUACAACUAUAUUUAUAAAGGAAAAUAAAUUACAACGCAGUCAUUGUGGAGCCGUUCGGUGAGGGGAAAUGUUUGAGAAGUGAAGAAUUCAAAGUUAAUUGCGUUCGGAGUUAAUUGCUUUCAGGGGAGGUAACUAGUUGUGUCUUAGAAUUAAACGUUGCCCUGAAAGGAGAAAAGUUGGUGUCGGGCGGCUGUGAUGUUGCGGGUCAGGUUUAACCGGGGCCCACACCGAUGACGAUUAGAAAAACCUUCUCACUUACAUAGAUAAGCACUCGGCAGUUUAUUGACUCACGAGUUUAACUUUCUAAAAGAGUUCUUCACUAAUUUUAGCGUUGGAAACCCUUAUAAAAGUUCUUUCUGCUGAAAAUACAAUUGGCGAAUAGUUUUACUUAUCUUUUUAUACCUGUGUGUGUGGUCUGGAGUAAUUCCGACACUCUGGCCAGAUGGAUUUAACUUCAACGACGACACAAUGUUCCUGGUGAUCCACAGCCUGAAGGAUUGUCCUUAUUCCGAAGGACAGUUCCCUUAACCCAUUUCUCUUUGGCGCUGAACACUUAUAUCAUGGGAAUUAUAUUUUAACAAACAAAAUUUUAUAUCACGUGCAACAAUGUCAUUUCCUUAACUGGGUUAAUUUCAAGUUUCUUUUUUUUUUUAACCAAUAAAUUAAGUCCAGCACUAACGACUGAUGUCACAGGAAGUUUAUACUUCUGAAUGCUAAAUUGAGAUAACCACUCAAUUACAUAUUUAUUUACUAAUUGACACGAAAUCCCUAAUCACCAAUGCAAACAUUGUUUAAAACAAUAUUAUCUUAACCCUGAACAAUCACGAGGAUUAUCUACAUUAUUCAAAACGAAAUCAGUAGACAACAACAUUCCAGUUUGUUCUUCUCAAGUUGUUUUUGUAUGAAACAUUCACAAUGAUCCUGUCCGUUGUUAUGUGUGCCAUAACGACGGUUGUGGCCACUGGUUUCCAAGUGGCUGGAAUGUGUAUUCCCAUGUGGUGGACCUAUGAUAUUUACGAUCGACAUUAUUAUUGUGGACUUUUCAAAAUUCCUUGGAAAACUUGCCAUGAAGGCCGUUGUACAGUGAUUGCAACUGAUGGUGAAAUGAUAAAUAGACAAGAUUAUCCCCUAGAAUGGUUACCUUAUGCGUACACACUGGAAAUUUUAGGAUCAUGUCUUGGAGGUGCUUCUGUGAUUACAUUAGUGGUUUGGCUUUGGUAUUUGGGUAAAUCCAAAACAAACAGAUGCAUUAUUAGAUUCCUUAAAUUAUUGGCAAUUCUUUUACAAGCAUUUGCUGGUAUGACAACAAUCUGUGGAAUUACAAUAGUCAUUUUCAAAGCGAAAUAUUCUCGUUUACUCUGGGCCACCUGGUUAUGCUUGACCGGAGCUUUACUUUUCUUUGUUGGAUUAACCAUAACAUGGAAAUUUCCGAAACUUAAUAUCCACUGGAGAUCGGAGCCUGAACUUGCCAGUGAAAUAUCCAACGCUACACCACUAUCAACAAUGUCUCGGGAAUUCAAUGAGCCACCUCCUCCAUAUCAUGUGGCCGUCAGUCAGAAUCCUGACAUCGCUACAAAGCCGACAUCAGGCAGCAGAAGCUAUGUAGAGAUUUCUAAACCUAUUUAUAUAUGACAGUAAUUGUAUAAACAUAUAUAU